UCUGUACCUUUAUCUAGUCGACCAUCAUUUCUGGUGUCGACAUUACAACACUAACCAUGGCGUCUGCAACGCCCUCUUCGUGUUUUAUCCUGGUUGUCUUCUUGAUGCUGUGCAGGCCUGUCGUUAUGGAAUCGAGGCUAGACGAGUUCUGCAAAUUUUUGGGUGAAAACAAAACACCUCUUGCAAAUGACAUUGACUGUAAAACUCUGGCUAAAGACGAACUUCUGUCAAUCGUCAACGUCUUAGCUAAAUACAAAAAUAAAUCAAAAGUUAACGAAACCGCAGCAGACCAAGACGAAGAACGAGUCGAGAUCGAGAAGGUUCUUGUGCAAAUUGUGACCAAGAAGCUACAAAAUCGUCUAAAAGACCCGAAUCCCAAGAAGACAAGAGAAGCGCCAGACUUCGUAAAAAGGCAUCUCAAAUCUGGCCAGAGACACCAGAGCAGAAACAGAGCCGGCGUCAGUUCUAAAGGAAAAAAUGGCAGCCGAAAAAUUGUAACUACAACAGGAGCCCCAUUAGCUGCUGCAGGGAAGAGAUCGAACACCAGAAGACUGCAUAAACUUCAAAAGGGAACGAAGGAACAAUCGAAAGUGAAAGUAGCCCCAACAACUACGCCUACUACUAUUAUUUACAUGGGGAGAAAGAGGGCGAACUCUCCAAAGAGAGUGAAGGUCCCAGGCAGGAAACAAAACAAACAGAAAACACCCGGUAAUGGUAGUCUCAAAAAACUUGAUGCAAGCAAACAAAAUGAAGUACCCACAACCACGCCUACAAUUGUUUUUGCUAUGGGCAGGAAGAGGGCAAAUUCUCAUCAAAGAGUCAAAGUUCCCGGCAGAAAACAGCACAAACUAAAUACAGUCGAAAGCGACAGUUCCACUGAAGAUGGAAGCGAAGAAGUCUCUCAGCCACCAACUUAUGUGUCCGCUUCAGCGCUGAAGAAAAGAGCUACCUUCAGGGUUUCUCACAUUAUCAAUCAAGGCAUCAGAAGGAAAGACGGAAAGAAUGUGCCAUUCAACAUGGACACCAUUGGAGUUGGUAAGAACGGGAGAAAGUACAACUAACUGAAGAUGCUGGUUCUGAUGUGUUGGAAGAAAAUAACUUUAAAAUAACUAUAUUUGUUAGGAAAAGAAGGCACUUUACGGUUUUAGACAGUAAAUGAUGCAAAAAAAUGAUAACUGCAACAUUUUAGGCACGUUGUUAAAAAAUGAAUCUUAGUUGUGUUCAAAGUAAUUUAAGUAUAUCAGUAAUAAAGGCAUUUUGAAUUAAAAUUGUA